AACUUCUCCUAUUGUGGACUCCACUUAAAUAAAGCAACUAGUUGUCAACCUCUUCCAUGCGUUCGCACAUGGUUCUCCGAAAGUCUUUUAUUUUGACAAUUCAAUAAUGUCCAAGGAAUUAGAUGUCAACAAUGUUUUCGAGGAGUUGUUAAUGUCAGAGAAUUUAGCAGCAACAAAUAAUUAUGAAGAAGGAUAUAAAGUAGGAAAAAAUAAUUUAAUGCAAGGUUAUCAUCUUGGUUAUCACAAAACAAGUGCAAUUGCCGCACAAUUGGGAUUUUAUAAAGGUGAAUUAAUGAAAAGUCACACUCAAUCAGAACUUUUAAAAAUUGGUCUCCAAAAGGAAAACUUGCUUUCAAGUAUAGAUAAUUUUCCCGACCAUAACAGCAGUUCAACUGAAAUUGUAAAGUCUUUCGAAAGCAUAAAACUAAAUUUUAAUAAAUUUUGUUCCAUAACGAAAAGUAGUUUAACAUCUUUCGAAAAAGAUAAGCUCAAUUUUUGA